AUGCCUUCAACGCCCCGGUUCAAACGCCAGCGAGAUCCCCGGACACCAAAAUCACAAAAGAUGCGUCUACCAAAAGGCCGUUAUAGUGAUGGCAAUUGGUGGUGUAAUUGUGAGCCUCGUCAAAAGGCUACACUCCGUGAAGUCAAAAAGACAGGACCAAACAACGGGAAGCUCUAUUGGAAAUGCGAUGACUGCAAUUUCUUUAUCUGGAGAGACGAGGCUCAAAUGCGCGAGACCGGCUUGAGGACCCCCCGAAAAGGCGAUGAAUCUGCCAGGUCUGCACCUCCCACCAUGACCCAGCAGUCUCUUGUGACGUAUGGCUAUCAAGUCACUCCAAGCCGGCGCCAGAGUGACGAAGAUUCUGUUUAUAGCGCGGAAUCUGUUGAAGACUCCAGUCCCGACACCCCCAUGCCAAAGUCUGCUAGAAACCGAACCCAAGCUUCGAGUCCACCAAAGUCAUCUGCGGUGCCAUCAGUAAUUGUUGAAACUCCAAGUCGUGGACCGGCCAAGAGACGCCGUGGCAUCUUCGAAGAGGAUGAAGGAGAGUUCAGCGAUUUAGGGUCAGACGAGGAGCGUCAGAUGGCUGAUAUUGCGGACAAGAGCGCCGAGAAGGCUGCCCAGCAACGAUACACUACGCCCAGCGCUUCGCGCUCUACCGAUGCCAUUUCUGGAUUGCCAACUCCCUCUGUUUCACGCACCCUUUUCCCCACCAGCGAGUCUAAGAGACAAAAGCAGGUCUCGUUUGAUGAGACCCCCUCACGGCACACUGGUACCAUGUCAUCCGCUACCGUUUCUGCAAACACAACACCGUCGAAAACGCCAUCCAGACAGCAAGGGCUUACUCCAAGCAGCCCGUUUGAGACGGACUACGACGUGACGGACGAGGUCAUGGGCCUUUUGCGAGGUAAAAAGGUUGACUCAAAGACCCUAUCAUCUGUGCAGAACAUUCUGACCACUGCUGCACGCCGCACCAGGGGUAUCAUGCUGGGACGUGAUACCGCCCGGGCAAGUCUCAAGGCCAAAGAUGAAAAGAUUGCGACCCUACAAGAGCGAAUUGUGGAAUUAGAGAAUCGCGAAAAGAUGCACAGAAAACAGAUGACAGACAUCAAAGCCAAUUUGAUGAAAAUGUACGACGACAAUUGA